UAUUACAAUUUAAUUUGACUCUAUUAGCAGAGUUUGAGAAUAUUAGCCUGUGUGGUAAAAUAAUAGUUUGAGUACUAGCUAUUGAUGAACCUGUUAAUGUAUUAAUUGUUUGAUCGAUGUGUUAUGUGAAGACCCUGCUAGAGGAGCUGGAUGACAUCAGUCUGAGUGUGGACAGUGUGAGAGACCAGGCCACCCUGAUGACCAGUAGAGGUCCUGCCUGCAGAGAUGUAGUGGAACCCAAACUGGCCAAACUCAACCUAAAUUUCCACAUGGUCUCCCAGUGCAUCAAAGCUGCCAUGGAGAUGAGGAUGCUGAGAGUGAGACAGGUGGAGAUCUCCAUGGACUCUUCUUCUUUAUACAGCUUCACAGAGACACAAAGACAGGACCUGACUGGAGAAGUCAGAGACGUUCUUUCAUUAUCAUUACACACUCUCUAUAUUUAA